GAGGUUUUUCACUGUUUAACUUUUACUCCAAAACAUCAAUACCAUCACUUAGCAGCUAAUCAAAACACCCCCUACAUAACCUUGCUCAUGUGUUUUAUUCACAAAUGAAUGUUUCACAAUACUAACCAAAUCAAUGCUUCAUCUUCCCUUCUUCCUGUUACUACUGCAGGUUCUACCCCAGAAAACUAAUGGCCAAAACUUCAAGUUUCCUGCCAUCCUCGUCUUUGGUGAUUCAACGGUUGACACGGGCAAUAACAAUUACAUAACUACCCUUAGUAAAGCUAACCAUUACCCUUACGGGAAAGACUUCCCAGGCCAUGUUCCCACAGGAAGAUUUUCAAACGGGAAGUUAGCCGUUGAUUUAUUGGCAUCUCUGCUAGGGGUAAAACAGACAAUUCCGCCCUUUCUACAGCCAGAUCUUUCUGCCUAUGAACUGCAGACAGGUGUCUGUUUUGCGUCAGCUGGAACUGGAUAUGACCGCCUCACUGCUGCUCUCACAAGAGUUAUACCGAUGUCCCAACAACUGAACUACUUCAAGAGUUAUAGAGAGAGGUUGAAGAAGAUGGCUGGAGAAGAAGCAGCACAGAGAAUAAUAGGUCAGGCGUUGGUUAGUGUUGGUGCAGGUACUAAUGAUUUUAUUUUCAACUUCUAUGACGUUCCCACAAGAAGGGUCGAGUUCAACAUCCAUAAGUACCAAGAUUUCAUUCUCGAAAGGCUCCAUGACUUUGUUAAGGAGCUCUAUAAUCUUGGUUGCCGGACACUGAUAAUAACUGGGCUUCCACCUAUUGGUUGUCUACCGAUACAAAUUACAGCCAAGUUUAAAGGACAAUUUGGUAGAACAUGUGUAGAGGAACAGAAUGUGGAUGGUCAAGCCUAUAACAGGAAGCUUAUAGAACUCUUGCCUCAUAUACAGUCGUCUCUUGAAGGAAGCAAAAUCUUCUAUGCAGAUAUAUACAAGCCUAUAAUGGACAUGAUUAAAAGUCCAGAAAAACACGGUUUUCGUGAAACCAUGAAGGGAUGCUGUGGAACAGGGUUGCUGGAAGCAGGACCUAUAUGCACACCACUCACUCCAUUGUGUCAAAACUCUUCAGAAUACUUGUUUUUCGAUAGCAUUCAUCCUAGUGAAAAAGCUUACCGUUAUGUUACUGAAUGCCUCAAGAAACAAAUCCUCGACAAGUUGUAGAAAAUGCACUGAAUUGUUUAUUCAUUUCCUGCAAACAAUACAGCUCUAUUUUACUAAACCUAUUUUACAACGAUAAUUUUGGCACCUGGGCUCCUAGUAUUCAAAUCAUCGAGCCAUAUUAUCGAACAAUGGUCACACCACUCCAUAGGUGUUUAAGAUACUUCUAAAUCCAUAUACAGGUUUCAACACUUACCUACGAGUUAGAUAUAUGCAAAAUACCCAUCAAAUAAAUAAUGUUCUUGUCAUUUAUAAGGAUAUGGCCUCUGAUAGGAGUUCUUGGAACCCUAGGUUAGGGUAGCAAACUAGAGGUGGGAACUUGUAGCUAGCCUAGAUGGAGGAAAAGAAGGGAUCUGAAAAGAUAGAGGAGGGGGUAGGGUUAGUGAGCUGGCAGUUAGAUUUUCCAAGUAGGGGUGUGUGUUAUUCCUACCUUGGUUAUGUUUUCUUGUACCUGCUUCUAUUUGUAUGUUUUGGUUGUUUGUUUGCCUGUCGUUUUGAAUGUGGUUGCUUACUUCUAACUUGUUUUCAAAUUUUAGCAUCGUAUUUCAUCCUAUGAAGUUCUUCGUAUGCUCUAGUUCUGUAAAAAAUUUAAGCAAGUUUUUUCCUUUCCACACACUUGCACAGGCCAGGAGUUUUCAUGGAAAUAAAUGGUCUACUCUUCGGUUAGAUGAUAAGCCUGCAUACAUCCAUCCCGAAACCCAACCUCCAGGUGGGACAUACUGGGUUUGUGUGGUUUGGUGUGUAGGCAUGCCCAUGUCUUUUUGGUUCGGGAAAGAUGCUAGACCAUCAAACUAGAGUGUAUAUGAUCAAGUUCAAUUAGUUUCUUGUUACCACAAGGUUAAUAUGAUCAAGUUCAAUUAGUUUCCAAUAACAAAUUGAAUAUUUUGGGCAUCGAUGGAUCAACAUUAACCACAUACAAAUGGCCAAAAUUUAACAAAUGUUACAUGGCAUACAACA